GUGUUGUGUGUGUGUGUGUUUUCGGGCGGUGAUCAAUUCCCCGAUCGGAGGGAAGAUAUCCCGCGGAGCAGCUGGGCUUGGAAGGCGAUUCGCGAGAUGGUGCUGCCGUCGCGGUGCGUGAAAAGCGAGUAUAUGAAGUGCUUUAAAGAACCGAAAUGGGAGGCGUGCGGCCCCUGCUACCAGGAGUUACUGCGCUACCGGCUGAGCCGACGCCUCUUAGAACAGGCGCAUCGGCCUUGGUUUUGGGACGACUGGGAGCAGGACAGCAGCCUGAACGGAAGCAGCGGCGGCGGCGGCAGCAGCGGCAGCUCCCCAUCGUCCCAGGGCAAUAACAGCCCUCCAGUUGUCCGGCAGCCCGAGGAGGAAAAGGCGCAUCCUGCAGGGGAAAUCGAAGUCCCCGGCGGUGAUCUGACUUUCGACAGGAGGAUCGGCGCGCCUGGAGAGGAUGUGGCUUCCAGUCCGGCGCCGGCGGAGCCCCCCGACGGACCCGAGGCUGACAUUCAAGAACAAUCUCAAGGGAAGGCUAUUGUCAAGAAAGAUGAAAGGACAACUGCAGGGAAAGGAAUCGACAGUUCAAGUGGUGCGCAAAUGCAGCCUUUAAGGCAGAAGAGUGUUCCUGGUAGACAAGGUGACAGAAAAGCAGCAAAAAGCCCACAAAAGACUGAAGCAACAUUGGGAAUAAAGCACCCAUUUGCUUUGUACGGCUGGGGUGAAAAGCAGACUGACACAGGCAGUCAGAAGACACACAACGUCCGGGCAUCUGCUUCAGUAAAUGAAAUACACGAAUCUGCAUUAAGAGCAAAGAACAGAAGACAAAUAGAAAAAAGGAAGCUACCUCAAAGACGGAUACGCACAGCAGAAGUAGAAAGAACAUGGAGAACCAAGCCUUCAGGUCCAGACAAUCCAUGGAUGACAGAAUACAUGAGGUGUUACUCAGCACGAGCUCGGUGAUUAGACUUCUAAUUUUUUUAAAAUUCAGAAUGCUUUGAAAACAACUAGGACACCAGUAGAAAACUCCAGACUAUUAUGCAAGGGUUUUCCAUUUUUUAUCAACGGGUUUUUUCCAGCAGUUUGUUACAUUUAUUUAUAUUUUAACUACUUAACCUUUGCAGCAAAAGAGGGUCCAUAUUGAUGAGAACUAUGUUUACCAAUAUAGGUCCCUUACUAUAUCUAUUUUUAAGGAUAAUGUCAAAAAUUGACCGUCGGCCGAAAAAAUUAAAAUUGAGUAAUAAUUUUUUAAAUAAAGCAAGUCAAUAUUUUCUUGAAAUGGCUUUUUUCUCUAUAGUUACUGAAUUAUACCAAUCUUGUGCCAGUAGAAAAGUGGUUGCACUAGAGUUACAUUGAAAGCAUCCAACUUUCAGUGCAAUUUAUUGUAAAAAUAAUCAUGAAAACUUGACAACAAAGGAUUUGUAAAGAGUCUUUCUGGACAAACGAAGGUCUCAUUAAAUUAUGAAAUGAGCUGAUUGGCAAUAAUGUAUAAAAAGGACCACACACUUUACAAACUAGCAGGGAAAAGAAUGUUUUGUGGAAGCUGAUCAUUGGAUUCUUUAGAUAACCCAUUUUUUCCUCCCUGGAAUGGCCAAAAUGAGGUUGCCGUUUAUCCAGCUUAAUGGAAUCACAACAAGGACUAAGAGACAUGAGUUUUUGCAGAGGUAUCUGUUGAAGACCUAUAGCUGGAAAUGUUAAGAACGUUUUUAGAACAAGAAAAAUCUCUCCUUUUCAUAAAUGUAUAGUGACUUUUCAGGUUUACAUUCCUGCUGUAGAUGUUGUGACCAUACAAAAUUGGAUAUUUUGGUGCAGUAGAUUAGUAAUAUCCUGUGAUUGUGGUUUGGAACAUUUGCUAUCAUGAACCCAUUGUACCAAAUGACAGAUAAAGACAAUCAUUAACUGAUGGGCUAUUGAGUAGUUUGUAGAAAGUAAAUGGUUUUAAACUUUUUUUUUGUAAUAAAAUGCUUCAUUUUGAGUGGACUUAAACACAUCCAGUGAACAGUUUUGUUAGAUAAGGCUUCUGCACAGUGACUUUUAUAACAUUAAAACUCUGAAUUUGUUUCAUUUGCCUGUUUAAUCAAGCUGGGUUAUAUUCUAUGUCAAAACUCAGGUGACAUUGCAAAUUUUGCUAUACUCCAAUGUAUCACACAUUUCUGAGUUUUUAAAGUGAUUUUCUAUAGAAGAAGAAGCCAUUGGCAAUCAUGAAAGUGCAACAUACUUGAAAGAUUGUACCACAGAGUGAAACUACCUGUGAUUUUUUAACUUUGAAAUAAAAUAUUUUUCAGUCUUAGAAACUGUUUCUUCAGACCUUGAAAAAAUUUGGCUUUAAAGAUACAGCAAGUGCAGAUCUUUGUAAAACCUGCCAUUAAUCAACAGGGAGACCUUAAAACUCAUUUUUCAACUCAUUUUUGCUUAGAACAAAGUGUUUGUUCUGAAGAAUAUGAUAUAUUCAUUAUAUUUAGAUCCUGUCCUUUUUCCAGGAGCCAAGAAAAAGCCUGAAUUCAUUGCAUUGGCUUUCUAUUCCCCCCCCCCCCCCCCCGCCCUUUACCCUAUGGGCGGGGGCCCCCGCCCCCCCCCCCUCAAAACAGGUCCAAAGUAAUCUAGUGAGUUUCCAGUGUUGCGGAAAGUGAAACUGCUUUCCAGUCCAACAUUUCAACCACUAUACUACAAAUGUCAUUUUACCUCUUCUAUGGUUGCAUGUGGUGGCUUUAUUUCCAUCUAUAGGUAGAUAUAAUUGAACUUUUUUUUGGAAUGGUAAUUUGUUUCCUCAGUCUUUAUAGUAUUCCUUCAAUGUAUCAAAUUAAUGAAUUUGAACAAUAUGUGGCUUCAGUAUAAAAUGACUACCACUUAUGCACCAGAGAGAGACUAGAAAAUGUCAAGAAAAUCCUAGGGCUUGGAAAAGUACCACAAAACCCACACCCCAAAGGGCAUCCUUAACACCAGCUUUUCGAGAAUAGAACGUGUACUAUAACUAUGCACUGCUGAUUAGUGAGGAGAAAAAUUGGAACAGAAAGAAAAAAAUAUCUGGAGAAAUAGAACAUCAAGCGCCUGGCUGAACAUUGUUUCAGUCUGCUGUUUAGAUUUUUUUUAGUUUAAUAAGCUUUAGUAUGGGAACAGUCAUAAACUGAAGUGUGUAACUCUAUCUAAAUGCUGAUUUAUGCAGUUGUGGGUUCUUCCAAACAGUAGGUCUGUACAGCUUUUGGUUGACAAAUGCAUGAAUUUGCAAAUGGCACUUUUGUGUAUAUAUCAACUAUUCCAACAGAUCUGUACUUUAAGAUAAUGUGCAUUGUGGAUAUUUGCCUUUGUAUGUACUUGUGUUCAAAUAUUUUCCCAUAUCUCAGCUGAACAAUUAUUCUUUUAUUUAAUGCGUUUCUUACUCACUUUUGAAGAAUGAAGUCUUCCUAACCUGGAGCAAAUCACCACUAAUUAAUGCUUCUUUUUCUCUCUCUCUCUUUACCAUAGUAACAAGUAAACGUCUUUCAUAAAUUAAAGUUGCUUUCCCCCAUCAAGCUUCUCAUGUGAAAACUUUUAUAUUUACCACUUAUGCUCUGUAAGCCAUAAUAUAUAAAUAUGAACAUAUAGACUAGAACACUAGCAUUAGUGUUCAUUAAAAUACAGUAGAAAAUUAAGUAGAUUUUAAUUGUUGAGAAGUUUCCUUUUGUGCCAACCUUAAUACCAGCAGAAAAAUAACAGGAUGUAUAUCCCUGCUGCUUGAAAUACAGCCAUUCUCCUCAAAACUGCUACAAAACUCCUUGCUAGGUACACUCUCCCCAGCCAUGGCAGUGGUGCCUGCUUCAGUUGGAAGUCACUAAUCUUAAAAAGUGAAUGCGUUUAAAGUGAAAUAUAGACAUCUACUGAAAUCUUUAUUCCAGAAUGGCGUUAAAAAUGAGCUGUAAGUUUUUGUCUCUUAAGUGCACUGAGAGUAACUAUGCCAGAGAUAAAUCAUUAUGUAUUGGCCCAUGGAAGUAGAGCACACGUACUGACAUUAUUCCUUUCCAUGUAACAUCAACAUUUGGAGGAAUCUUAUAUGAGGCUGUAUCAGUUUAUGACUUAGGGUUAACUCUGGACCAGGAUAAUAAGUAUGGUUCUUCAAGAAACACAGCUCAAAGUCAAACUCCAGUUUGUAGCUGGGGCAGAUUACUGAGCCUUAGGAGAUGCUGAUCAAAGGAAAGGCUUUUGGCUGAAAGCCAUAAAUUUGACAGUUACUGUUGCUAUGUGCAAUCCAUUUAAAAAGAAUGAAGGGGUAAUGUGGUUAGAAAUCAGAGGUAUAUAUUUUCUCAAUUAUUGGGAGCACUGAAAUCACUUUAAAGCCUGAAAAAAAUUAAGCUUGGAACAGUGUGUGACUUAGAAUGUUUCUAAAUGCUGUUUUUCUCAUAUUUUUGUGGUCUUUAAAUGUAACUGUACUCACCAUGAUUUUGAAAA